GACGAACAUCGACAGUUCCACGCCGGCAACGUGUCCAUCAUCAGCGACGUUGGCACAAUUGCGUGGACCAUGCCUUGCCAGCACUAUCAGAAUUAUUCAUCUAUUAUAAAUAUAACCCGGAAAUUAGGAAGCAGAUCCGCUCAACAAUCCCUCUACUGAUUUACUUGUUGACGGAAGAAGGGCCGCAGGAAGCCGAAUACAUGAAGGAGCCGGUGGUGGUGAUGAGCGUCGACCGUCCGGAGACUGAACCCCCCUGCAAAGCAUUCAGUUUAUUGACUCGU